GGUCAUUAUGCAUCACACCGAUUCGUAAACUUUUGGUGUUGUCUCCUCCUUCAUUCGCACAGAAAGCAAUUAAAGAGCUUUCGUUGGUUUCGGUCGAAAGCUCUUUGUGUUCCUUCCUCCGUUUGAUUGGCGGCAGUUUUGAUUAAUCUUAUUUAUUUUCAAUACUUAUAGAAUGAAUGCCCCAGCUGGUUCUGGUGGAGCUCCUCGUUUUGGUGGUCGUGGCAGAGGAUAUCGAGGUGCUGGCGGCGGAUAUAGGCCUUACUUCUUUUUCAAAAGGAAUGGACGCACUAUACCAGCUUGUGGACGAGGGACUACCGGAGUUAGUCGCGGACGUGGUAGAGGUCGCGGUGCCCCUAUUCCAGCUCCAGCACUCAAUACACAAAAUCCAAUCAGCAGUAGCUUCCUACGACCUCAUUUCUAUGCUGCUCCAGAAGAUUCCGAACAAAAUGUCACCUCCAUGGCUAUUGACACGCCGGCGGCAUGUGCCGGAUGGCGUUUAUACUUCUAUGGAGAGUCGUACGAUGAUAACAGUGAAUUGGCUGGGCGUCUUAGAAUCCUAGAAACGCAUUUUAAUGGAGCCACUUAUGACCUUCUAGCCAUACAACAACAGGGCUAUUUUAUGGUCACUGCCAAUGUUUUACUACAAGACGAGGAAUUGCGUCGUCAGUGGCCUACCCUCAUGGAAGAUAUGAUGUAUCGGCCAAGGAGAACCUUAGCAACGUUGGCACUGGCAAUGCAUUCUUCAGCUACAUUGGCAGCAUUGGAGGCUUCUCUCAGUCAACAGGAAUGUACAAAGAAAUAUUAUGUUCCCAAAGUUAUAAAACCUCGCAAGGUUUAUGCCCGUCCCAUGGGUUUUAUGGAAGAGCGGCCAAUGAAUGUGGUAGGAAAAUUAGAAAUAGAUCAGCUGUAUUGUGUAAGAGGUAUUGUGACAUCAAUAGGACCAGUAGAUGCCUCCGUUACAUGGUUAGCAUAUAGAUGUGGUCGGUGCAAACAAGAACAGGCUAUAAAGCAAAGUGGUCCCUAUAUCACUCGUCCCUAUUCCUGUAAAAGAGAAGGCUGUCUGGCCAAAGCUGGGUUUAUCGAAGUAAGAUCAUCACCGUUUACGCGUAUUACCCCACGACAAAUGAUUCGCCUUACAGAGUCAGGCUUAGAUAUAGGUUCAACAACUGAUAUUCAAACUAAACCUUGUCUGAGCAUUGAACUACGACAUGACUUAGUCGACACCAUUUAUUUGGGCCAAGAAAUUGUGGUAACUGGUAUACUGCGGGUACGCCCCUUACAGGAACAAAAUGCGUUUGAUAAGUAUUCUGCCUUUGGUAAUCAAAUGGAGGUGUAUAUGAAAGCUACUACAAUAGUCGAUGGCAAAACUGUUAAAUAUAAAUUCUUAGAAGAAGACAUUGAAGCAAUUACGACGAUCAAUAGCGAAACGGAUACUUUUAAGAUCUUAGUACAUUCUUUGGCACCGGAAGUACAUGGACAUGAAAUGGCAAAGGCUGGAGUUCUUUUGUCCCUUUUUGGAGGAUCGGGUUCUCAGGAACAUGAUGAAGAGGAAAUCAAUGUCUUGCUAGUUGGAGAUCCUGGGGUUGGUAAAUCAAAUAUUGUUGAUAUGUGUUCCAAAAUAUCACAAAAAGGAUCCAUCGUUCAGGCGAAACGUGGACCAUUUGCCAAUACUAAAAAACUUACCGUUAACGUUAAGGGACGUACCAACUAUAUCAUGGAAUGUGGAGAACUUUUGGCUGCUAGAAAUGGCCACUGCUCCGUUGAUGAUAUUGAUCGGCUAACUCCUCAAAUGGAGUCGUUUAUGAAUAUCCUUCAAGCACAGACGACAAGCUUGACAUUUCCCGCGUUAUUUUCUACAUUUUUUACUCCCACGUCUGUCAUUGCCUCGGCAAAUUCUAUGCGUGGUCAUUAUGACCAGUCCAAGACAUUGACGGAAAAUAUACGCAUUGCACAACAUUUGCUAAGUGAAUUUCAUUUAGUUUUCGUGUUGUUGGAUAAACCCAACAAGGAUAUGGACACGUCCCUGUCGGAGCACAUUAAAGCUGUACAUGCUGGUUCGAAAAAGAAUACAGCAAUUGCCAAUAGAUUCGAACUUAAAUCAAACAGCUCUAUGAAUAUGACCAUUGAUGGAGAUGGCAAUGAGGACGAAUAUGAUUUGUCUAACAAAUUAAAAUUGAAACCAGAGGAAGAAGUGGAUAUGAAUUUACUGCCAAUUACACUAAUGAAGAAGUUCAUUGUUUAUUCCCGCCAACAGGUCAAACCUCUCUUUGUGGACAGUGCCAGUGAAGAGUUAAAGAAAUUCUACAUGGAAUUACGGGAGCAGUCUGAGGGUUCUCAGUUUUCCGUUUCUACAGGUCAUUUAGCUGGUCUUAUACGUUUGUGUCAGGCUCGGGCCCGCAUAGAUUUUUCAAGCGAAGUCACACCGCUACACGUUCGUGAUGUUGUCUGCAUUGUCAAGCAGAGCAAUAACGAUAUGGCAUUGGGAGAUUAUAUUGACACAAAUCCAACCACAGCGGUAAUGUCAAAGACCAGUCAAAGAGGCAACGGAACCCAGGCAAACGUACGAAAAUUCCAUCAAAUUUUACAGAUGCGUUCGGGUGCUGUGUCAAGACGAAUUUUCGAAUUUGAUGAACUGAAAGAUAUGGCCAGACGUGUUGGCAUUUCGUGUGGUGUUACAAACAUAGUCGAUAUUUUAAAUAUACAAGGGAUUCUAUUGAAGAAAGGACCCAAUAUGUAUGAAUUUAUGUCAGAUUGAGUACGAGAUUCCCACAUACAAUUGAUAUUUACUUGAAAAUAAGUAUAUUUAAUUUUAAUUAAUUUAGUUUUUCUUUUAUCGUGGUAUAAAAAUAAAGUUGUUGAAAUAUUUCCAUAUUAAGUUUAAUGCUUAUAUUUUGCAGCACCAUGGAUGGAACUACGUCAAAUCGGAUGCAAUUUUGUAUGUCUUCUAGUACUAGUGUUACAUAUAAACAACAAUAAAUAUAAUAAGAUUUUUCACGUCGUGUGGGUCCACGGUCGGAAACGAACUGAAGAAAAACCCCUUUCAAACAUGUAAUUUAUAUUGAAGUUAGUUAUAUAUCUCUUACCAGCAAAGCAAAAUAGGAAAACACAUUUAAUUUCUUUUUGAAGAAUACAAUUUAUUUUAAAUUUCGUUUUCUGGUUUCGCAUUACCUGUUAUUUAUUUCUUUUUGUAAGUAUCAUCAAUGUAAAGUAUGUUUAAAAUGUACCUAAAACUUAAUUUUAAAAAUAUCCAUUAGUAUAUAGAUUUUUGUAUCGUAGUAUGUAGGGUUUACGAGCUAUGGUGUUGUAUUUCUGUUUUCAUGUAAACACUUUUUUGUGUCGGUGUUUUUCUUUUUAAUAAUAUUUUUUAUUCUGAUAAACUUUGUUCAUUAUAUACUUCUUUAUAUAUUUUAGUCGAGGCUUUAUUUAAUUAGUAACUAUGGUAUUUAAAUACUUUCAAGGGUUUUUUCCAUUACGAUUUGUGGCGUUAAAUAUAAAAACGUUGUUGUCGUUUCUUUUCAAGAUAUUUUUGCGAUAGAAGUUUUUUACGAUAUUUACAAUUUGGUUGUUUUGUGGUGUUUUUGUUUUUAUUUUUUCGUUUCAAAAAUGACGUGCAAAUUUAAUGUAUUGAGUUUUAUAUCAAUUCUUCGUCUAAUUGUGUAUACCGCCUUAAAUAAAAUUAACUAAAGCAUUUGCAACAUAAACAAUUUCCCUACUGGCAAUUUCAAAAAUUUCAAUUUCCACUAAUUGAUUUGAGAAAAAAGAAAUUCGGUUUGAUUAUUUUUUUUGUUUUUUAAUUUUUUGCUAAAAAAGGCAAGUGUUACAUUUGUUACUUAAUCAAAUUAGGCAUAACUAAUUAAUAAAUAUAUUUAAAAAAUAUACAUAUGCUACAUAUACAAUAAUCAGUCAUUAAAUAAAUAUUUUUGUAUAAAUUUUGGUUUAAAAUAUUUGUUCUAGAAAAAUAAUUAUAAGGAAAAAACGAAGUUUGUUAACAAACAUCCAUGACAAUACUUAGUACGGACCAUAUUAGUUACUUUUUAGGCAAUUUUAUAUAAAAUAAUAAUUUUUGUGGGACUCAUAUCAUUGAAUAGGCCAUUGGCAAUUUUGAGCACUUUUUCAAGGCCAAGGAACAAUUUAGACUCCUUGUUG